AUGGCUGGCAUGGACAGGCAUCAUCAAGGCAGUGCUGACGCCAGUCGUGCAGAUUCGUGGAUUGAGAUUUCAUCUCAACCCUCGUCGUCGUCACUCUCCUCUGCUGCCGACGAGAUCGUAACCACAGGUCUUCGUGUUCAUCAAACGCCAGCUUCAUACCGUCGAAGACGCCAAAGACCCGGUCGACCCUCGCGACUCAACAUCGCCAGUCGUGCCGCAAGUGCUGGCGCUGCCAGCAGUCAAGAAGAAUAUGAAGAGAGCGAGAGCGACGACGAUCAUGUUAUAACUUCGUCUGGUGAAGGGCUCAGGCUACCAGCGACGCACGUCAGAGAUGCCAUGGUCGAGUCCUCGGAUGAUGAUGAGAACAGGACAGCCGUCAACUACCCUAUCAACAACGACAACGUCUUCACACCCCAGCCGAAUGCCUUCUCUCACCCUUCGAGCCAUCCUGUCAGACAUGCGAGUCAGCCUGUGCCAGGCUCGUACUUUCCCGCUCAACCCGAACGUCGUCAUUCGGCUAGGCACUCAUACCCAUCUCGUGCAGAGGCCAGAGUUCAACACUCGCCCUUCAACAUGCUCUCCCCAAACCACAACGCAGCUGCUGACCACGAAGCUGCCCUCCGCGCCAGUCUUUCCACUUUGCAGUCUUUUGCUGCGGCUGCUCGCGGACUCCCCAAGUCGAACACUCGCGCUGCAGCUGAUGCCCCUCCUCCAGCGUCAAACAGAAUCCAGCCAAACACACUGCGCAUGGUGCCUGCCUCUGCUCUCGAGAACAACUCGCCCCUUUUAGCUCCCGUUACCGAGCCGACAUUCAAGCCGACCAUCCGCCGUGCAUCUACCUCUACUUCCGCUUCUGCCGAAGGCCGUUCCUCCAAAUCGGAGGGUAAACGGAAAGGCACUUCUGGUCGCGGCUCAUCCAAGGAACGAAGAAUGAUCAAGAAACGCCGCAACUCUGGCGCCGUCUAUGGUGCCGACGACAUGACUGUCAGUCCAACGCUCUUCACAUGGGUCGUCAGCGUGGGCGUAGUAGUUGUGUUCAGCGCCAUCAGCUUCUCCGCCGGUUACUCCAUGGGCAAAGAAGCCGGCAGAUUCGAAGCUGGCUUGACUGGCACCGGCGACGGAGCCACAGCUUGCGCGCGCGAAGCUGGCAAAAGCGGUCUGGGAUUCAGAAAGUCCAAGUUGUUCAGCAUUGCCUCGAGCGUUGGAGUUGGUGCUUGA